GUCACUUCCGGGAUCCCGGGCUCUGACUGGCCGGAACCCUUCGGCGCUUUUGAUUGGCCGAGCCCAACACCAUCCCAGGGUGCUUUGUGGUAGCAGUUCCUUUCCGCUGGCCGUUCUCCUCCGGAGGAGGCCCGUAGGCAGCAGCCAUGGCGCCCAGCCGGAAUGGCAUGAUCCUGAAGCCCCACUUCCACAAGGACUGGCAGCGGCGCGUGGCCACGUGGUUCAACCAGCCGGCGCGGAAGAUCCGCAGACGCAAGGCCCGGCAAGCCAAGGCACGCCGCAUCGCCCCGCGCCCCGCGUCCGGACCCAUCCGGCCCAUCGUCAGGUGCCCCACGGUGCGGUAUCACACCAAAGUGCGAGCCGGCAGGGGCUUCAGCCUGGAGGAGCUGCGGGUGGCUGGCAUCCACAAGAAGGUGGCGCGGACCAUCGGGAUCUCCGUGGAUCCGAGACGGCGGAACAAGUCCACGGAGUCCCUGCAGGCCAACGUGCAGCGGCUGAAGGAGUACCGCUCCAAGCUGCUCCUGUUCCCGCGGAGGCCGGCAGCCCCCAAGAAGGGGGACAGCUCGGCCGAGGAACUCAAGCUGGCCACGCAGCUGACAGGACCGGUCAUGCCCAUACGGAACGUCUACAAGAAAGAGAAAGCCAGAGUCAUUACCGAGGAGGAGAAGAACUUCAAGGCGUUUGCCAGUCUUCGCAUGGCCCGUGCCCAUGCCCGGCUGUUUGGCAUCCGGGCCAAAAGGGCCAAAGAAGCUGCAGAACAGGAUGUGGAAAAGAAAAAAUAAAGCGCCGUUGGCAACUUGA